AUGUCCGCUGCAACACAAUCCGCAUCAUACGCAGCGAACGGCUUCACCGAGCCGACUGAAGCUCGCGAUCACUUCGCCCGUCAAUUUGAUUUGGCCAACCCAGAGGAAGCCAGAGAUUCGUACCAGAGAAUCAUGCACCAGCACACCAGGCAGCAAUUCGAGAUGGCGACCGAAUCGUCACGAAGACGCUCAUCGGGCGCAACAAUGGCAUCGCUCAAGAACGAGUCGAGCGUGGAUUCGACAGCAUCAUAA